AGGUUAUUCAUUCUUUUCCACUCGCACGGGUGCUCGUAUCAUUGCUCCUCCUUGGUACUUGCUGAGAUCACACCGUUAGAACCUGAUCAGGACAACACCUGCGUAGGAAGCGAGUAAUCAACAACAUCAACGACGACCAUGCUAUCGUAUCGACUCUCUAAGCUUUCGGGCUACCUCAUCCUUUACAUCACUCUAGGCGUCUUCGCGGCUGUCGCCUAUGUACUACUACUAUUCCGUUACCGCGUCAUGGUACAGGCAAAUACUGAUGCCCAAGAGGACUUCUAUGUUGCCAGGAAACGCUUCAGCUGGGCAUGGAUUGGAGCGUCGUAUUUCGCUAGUGGUAUGGGUACGUGGGUUAUUUAUGCUGCGCCUGAAGUUGGGACAUUUCUGGGUUGGUGGGGGGUGAUCGGGUAUGCACUCGCUUGUGUCGUCCCUAUGGCUAUCAUCUGGAUACUCGGUGUGAGGAUAAGAGCAAAGUUGAACUCCUAUAUGUCUGCGGGGGGCAGUGAAGGGUACGCGGCAACUGACUGGAUUCUGGCCAGAUUUGGUCGCCUCGUCCAAGUGUAUGCAGUACUGGUGUCUAUCUUCAUAAUGUGGAUCAGCAUGACGGCUGAAUACACUGCCGUUGGUCAGGUUAUUGAAAUCUUCUCUGGCAUCCCAGUUUGGCUAUCAACACUCUCAGUUGCCGUAAUCACUUUAAGUUACACUCUAGUAGCCGGCCUUCCCGUGUCCAUUCUUACCGAUAUGGCGCAGGGCUUAGCCGCAGUUGGCCUCAUAGUCUUUGCUGUGGUCGCCACCUCGACCAAUGUGACCGUCACUACUGCUAACUGGAAUGCUGUUGCCAACUUUACUACUUUGGGCUUGGAAAGUCUCAUCACGCUCGUCUUGGCUAUUCUCGGUUUCCAGUUGCUCGAUAUGGUCGUUUGGCAACGGGUAUGGGCAGCCAAGAACGACUUCAAUCUCAGGAUGGGCUUGCUCCUCGGUGGCUCCCUCGUGUUCCUCACUAUGCUCGCCUUUGGUAUCCUAGGCAUGCUCGCUGAAGCACAGGAUCGAGCUCGUCCGGUACCUCACCUUACUUUGCAUCCUUACACGAAGGCAUUGGCAUUCUUCGAUCUGCUGGGAGUAUUGCCGAACGCGGCGGUUGGGGCUGUAGUGGUCCUCGCCAUAUGUCUCAGCACGUCGAGUGUCGAUUCGCUACAGUCAGCGCUCCUCUCUGUGUUCGCGGCCGAGUUUGUGAAGCGUGGUUGGAGUCUCAACUGGGGUAGACUGCUAUUGGUCCUGAUGAACAUCCCGGCGAUCGCCCUUGCUAUGAGGGGAAUAUCGGUCAUCAAUCUUUUCCUUGUCGCCGAUCUUGUUGCUGCUACCAUUUGCAUGCCUGCGUACUGUGGUCUUUACUCGAUGGUAACAACCUUUGGCGCGGUAUGUGGUGUUCUUGCUGCUAACCUCGCUAUACUAAUGUACGGCUGGGCUACGUAUGGCACUUUCGCGGGUGGGUUCAUAAUGUACACUUUGCCAGGCGGACUUUAUUCGUCAACUGCGAUGAUUGUAUUUCUCGUUGUGAUGGGAAGCAGUAUCAUCGUCACUCUGGCUGUCUCGAUGCUCCAACGGAAGCUCUUCAUAAGCUCAGAAGGCUUCCUCGCUCAUGGCCGUUAUCAGCCAGAUCGAACUCAAGCAGUGGUCAAGUAGCGAAUCAAGCGUAAAAGGCGUGCCACAAUGUGUCCAAGAAGCAAUGCUGCUGGUGACUAGUAUUUUUUACUGCCAACACUCGAUGGAGUGAAGCAGUCAUUGGGGAGGGGAAAUGUUAGACUUUUUUGGGACUUCACUUUGUGGUAUGUAGUUGCUAAUAGAAUCUGUUAUCAAUCGUAUAAGCCGUAUA